GCGGCAGCCUUUGCCGUUCUGUUCGUCCAAACCGCGGUGAACCACGCAACCCCGUCCCUGCCUCCGAAGAUGCGGUCUAGCCUGAUACUAUUGGGCUGGCUCUUUUUCGUCUCCGCCCUAGGGGAGCCGAUAAGGACAAAGAAAGAAGCCCCGUUAAGCCCGCCCCCGAGCCAGUACGGUCCACCAGCAACCUCCUAUGGAGUUCCAAGCGUAGGAAGCUCGUACAGCGCGUCGUCUGACUCCUACGGCGCUCCACCAGCGCCAUCUUCGUCCUACGGCGCGCCAUCUUCGUCUUACGGCGCGCCAUCUUCGUCUUACGGAGCACCAGCAGCGCCAUCUUCGUCCUACGGAGCGCCAUCAGGGCCGUCCUCCUCUCACGGCGCGCCCUCGUCAUCAUACGGCGCACCGUCGGGCCCAUCAUCGUCUUACGGAGCACCAUCGGUCCCAUCCUCUUCUUACGGAGCGCCGUCGUCGUCUUACGGGCCACCAUCGUCUAGCUAUGGUGCGCCGUCGGGUCACGGUGGCGACCAAGGUUACAGCAGCGGUGGAUCCUUUGGAGGUGACGACCAUGGUGGACACGGAGGCGGUGGCGGUGGCGAUCAUGGGUCCUUCGGAGGCGAUCAUGGCUCGUUCGGUGGAGGAGACCACCAUGGAGGAGGUGGAGGAGGAUUGUCCUCUUCCUAUGGCCCCCCGUCUCAAUCCUACGGGCCUCCGUCUCAAUCCUACGGACCUCCGUCUCAGUCCUACGGGCCUCCGGCUCAGCCGCAAGGGCGAUUCGAGAAGAAGCUGACGUGGAAAGCCGAGUGGAAGCAAAUCUGGAAGACCGAGCAGAAGUUAACGUGGAAACAGGAGUGGAAAAAAGUCCAGGUGCCCGUGUGGAAGGAAGUCCAGGUCCCGGCUUGGAAGGAGGUCAAGGUACCCGCUUGGAAGAAGGUACAGAAGCCAGUGUGGAAGGAAGUCCAGGUGCCCGUUUGGAAGGAGGUCCAGAUCCCGGCGUGGAAGAAGAUCUGGAAGCCCGUGUGGAAGGAGGUGCAGGUACCAGCGUGGAAGGAAGUCCAGGUCCCCGACUGGAAGAAGAUCUGGGUGCCAGAGUGGAUCAAGGUCGGGAUACCCGGCGAGCAGUACGUCGGCAAGGACCAACACGGCUGGCAGUACACCAGCCACGAUCUCUGGAAGAAGAAACUGAUAUGGAAGCCGGUAUGGAAGAAGGUCUGGCGAACGGAGAAGAAGAAGGUCUGGGUGAGCGACAAGAAGCUGGAGUGGAAGGCCGAGUGGAAGCAGAUAUGGAAGACGGAGAAGAAGCAGGUCUGGGUGUCCGACAAGAAGCUGGUGUGGAAGGAGGAGUCGGUGCAGGUUUGGGUGCCGGAGAAGAAGCAGAUUUGGGUCACGCAGAAGAAGCAGGUCUGGAAGGACGAGUGGAAGAGCAAGUGGGUCCCGGUCUGGAAGGACGUGCAGGUGCCGGCGUGGAAGAAGAUCUGGAAGCCCGUCUGGGAAAAAGUCUGGGUACCCGAGGAGCCCCACCACGACGAGCAUCCUGGUUACAAGUAAAACACCAACCUCGAGUGUGAUCAUUUUCGAUCCUCCUCAUCUAAACGGGCCGGGGUUGGUAUACACGCGAAUCCGAGACAGGGUUCGAUUCACGGGUUUAAAUGUUACUUUUUAAAGAAUAAUGUUUCAUACAAAUUACAGAGGUAUUCACCUGGCACGCGAGCAUGAUGGAACGCAAUGCUUUGUACCUCGGUGAAGUGCUAAGAUUCGGGCUAGCUAAGAUCGACAGACUGCGGAUCUUUGUGCAAGUUCAUAUUUUCACAGAUACAGGAAAAGAACCGAUCCAGAAACAAUAGUCCAAUAGUUCCAAAUAAUAGUUUCCAACAAAAAGUUUCUUUCGCUUUAUUAAUAAGUAACACGCACAAUAUUUGAUGUUUUAUGUUACAUUACUGAAUCGUCCACGACUCGUUUUGCUCCAUUGCUGUUACAACAUGAAUAUCUAUGAAAUUAGAUUGUCUAUUUAUAGAAACACGAUCACAUCAAAUAAUUGAGUGCAACUCGCGAAAGAAACUUUCGGGACAACCUAAUAAUUUUCCAUUCGCACAAACAUCCGCAGUCCAGCGAUCAAUGAUUAUGAUUACCACUACGGUUGAUAAAUAAUACAAUGCACGAUGAAUUAAUCGUACAGUAUAAUCGGGCCCGUUUCGCAGUUAUUGUAUCAUCUACGCGUAAUACAUAAUGAAUGAUAUUCAUCAAUCGGUAAUCAUGACCAAUGAUCGACGAAUUAUCUCUGAAAGAUCGCAAACUGCUGAUUCGCUACCGCAAAGGUAAUUAAUGACGAUCGAUUUGACAAUCGCGAAAGCGAUCGCUGCCCAACUCAUUUGGCGUAGCGGUCGCGGAGGUCGAAGGUCCACUUCGAAAGUCGAGUUCCACUUCGCGACGCAGAAGCAUCUUUUGAGCGAGCCAUGUUCCCUGGGGCAUCGCGAACGAGAACUCGGCUCGGUAGCCGCGAUUACGGUAACGGCGCACCGAGUUUCACGAGUCCGUGGGAAAAGCGAUCGAACGACGUUGGAACCGAUGCGCCACGGAGGAGGUG